ACUAUGGGAGAAAGCAACAGAGCCUAAAAUGCUAGUGGGUCUCUCUCUCUCUCUCUCUCUCUCACUAGCUAGACCUCCCUUUCUUCUCUCUAAAAUGCUAGUGGGUUGUGCUUAAGCAUGGUUUGGUGGGUGAACAAUGUUAGCAGCUUAGCCAAUUUUCAAGGGUAAAACUGCGGAGAGAGAGAGAGAGAGAGAGAGAGAUGGAGAAAGAGAAAGAGAAAGAGGGUGGUAACCAGGAUCAAAACCCCCCAACAGCUCUCCUCUCUAACAAUUUGGAGUCUCCAAGAUCAAAACCCUUGAUUGGUAGUGACAGGCUGAAGAGAGAUGAGUGGAGUGAAGGAGCUGUGUCUAGUCUCCUUGAGGCUUAUGAGGCCAAAUGGGUACUCAGAAACAGAGCCAAGCUCAAAGGCCUUGACUGGGAAGAUGUAGCCAGACACGUCUCGUCUCGCGCCAGCUGCUCCAAGUCGCCCAAGACUCAGACGCAGUGUAAGAACAAGAUUGAGUCCAUGAAGAAGCGCUACCGCUCCGAGUCCGCCACCGCUGAUGGCUCUUCCUGGCCUCUUUAUCCACGCCUUGAUCUUUUGUUACGCGGCAGCGGAGCCCCACCUCCAGCCACAACUGUUGUAGCAGCUGCUGUAGUUGCUCCACCUGUGCCGCCGCAACAGCCACCGAUAGUGGCACCGUUGGCUCAUCAUAGCAACCAUGCACUGAUGCUAUUGGAGCCACCAGUGCCGGUGUCACCGCCGACUCAACCACCGCCGCCGCCGACGCAUUUAGGAACUGCCCAAAACUCGUACGGGUCUGAUGGUGUUGAUAGGGAUGCCAAGGAAGAAGGAGGGGGGAUGAAAUUAUCAGACCAUGCAUCAGACAAGAACCCAUUGGAGAUAGAUAGUAGCACACCAGCCCUUUAUAGUGAUAAGGAAAAGUUAAGGUCCAAGAGAAUGAAGAGGAAAAUUGAGAAGAAGACGCGAAGAAGAAGGGAGGAAAUAGAGAUAGCCGAGAGCAUAAGAUGGUUAGCUGAGGUUGUGGUAAGAUCAGAGCAAUCAAGAAUGGACACAAUGAGAGAGAUAGAGAGGAUGAGAGUUGAAGCAGAGGCAAAGAGAGGAGAGAUGGAUCUGAAGCGCACAGAAAUUAUUGCCAAUACCCAGUUGGAGAUUGCAAGGAUCUUUGCUGCUGGUGUUGGCAAAGGUGUUGAUUCUUCAUUAAGAAUUGGAAGAAGCUGAGGAAACAUAGUCAAGCUUCUGAGUAAGUUAUAUCCAUCCAUAUAUGUAUAGAUUUAAAUGUAGUAUAUAUGUAACACUGAUUAGAAGAAACGAGAACUUUUGGAAGCUGAAGGUGAGGGAGAGUGGACUAAUUAAACAUGUAAGAUAUGUGCCAACUUCGUAGUUAUUGUAGCUACAAUAAGUAACAACAUGUCGACCUCAUUCUGAUGUAUUAUGAGCAGGCAAUCAGUGUUUG